AUGAGCUCCAAGAUGCGCGCAAUCCUCGUUAAGGACGGGAAAGGUCCGAUCGAAAACCUCUUCAUCGGAGAGGCCGAGCGGCCCUCUCCUGGACCCGGCAUGGUCCUCGUCAAGGUCAAAGCGUUUGGGCUGAACGGCAUGGACCUCCUACAACGCGAAGGCCGAUACCCCAUGCCCCCGAGCUCGCCCACGAUCAUGGGCGUCGAGUUCUCUGGCACCGUCGUCCAGCCCCGGGCGUCCAGAGGUGCGUACGGCGAGUAUGUGGAAGUGCGGCACCGCAACCUCAUCCGGAAGCCCGCGCAUUUGUCCUGGGUCGAUGCCGCGGGGAUCAUGGAGAACUACAUCACCGCGUUCCAGGGCCUUGUCUUCCUUACGGGGAUCAAGGCUGGCGACGACGUCCUCAUCCAUGCGGGUGCGUCCGGGGUUGGGGUCGCCGCGAUCCAGCUCGCGCGGUUCUACGGGGCGAACACGGUGAUCGCGACCGCGUCGUCGAAGGAGAAGCUCGACAUGCUUCUCGCGAUGCCCAACGGGGCCACACACGCGGUCAACUACCGGACGCAAGACUUCGCCGAGGAGGUCAAGACGAUCACGAGCGGCAAGGGCGUCGACAUUGUCAUCGACAUGGUCGGGCAGUCGCACUGGCAAAAGAACAUCGCGUCGCUCGCGUUCGACGGGCAAAUGGCGCUUCUCGCGUUCCUCAGUGGCAGCGUGGUGAAGGAGGUGGAUCUCGCGCCCGUCAUCUUCAAGCGCCUGCGGAUCCAGGGCUCAACGCUACGCGCGCGGUCGGCAGACUACCAUGCGGAGCUCAUCGGCAGGUUCAAGGCCGAGGCAUUCGACUCCAUCACCGGGAGUUCAGGGGAUGGCCGCAUUCGCACCUACAUCCACAAGGUCUACCCGUGGACUCAGAUCCAGGAAGCUCAUCGCGAGAUGGAAGCGAGCAAGAACAGUGGCAAGAUUGUGCUCGAGUUUGACUGA